CAUGAAAUACAAUAUUUUAUUAUUUUGGGGCGGGGGGGACAAGUCAAUCCUUCUGAUCCUCAGCUUUCUCUGAACCGUAAUCCCAGCUCACAGGGUCCCCGGGGAGAACCAGACAAGGUGGCAUGUAAGCGUCAGCUGUGAGGGGUAAUGUGGGGUUACGGCUCCAGGGUGGAGGGUUUACAGUGUGCGAGGGCAGCCUAGAGCCAUGAGACCUACAGGGCUCUCUGGGUGUUGGGAGAUACCUCUUUCACUUCUUAUAACACUGCAAGAGACAGACAGGCUGGGUCUCACUGUGUCCAUUCUAAGGCUAAAAAACUGCAGCUCAGACCAGUUCAGCAACUCUCCUACAUCAUGUGGCUAAAGCUAAGAAUUGUGACCCAUUUUUCUGAAUCCAGGUCCCCGCGAUGCCCUGGGUUCAGACCCUAACACCCUCCCAUCCCUGAGUGCUGGGGAUUUAAGGCAGCAGUGCCUCCUUUCAGGAAAUCACACACACACUGGAAACUCCUGCAUGCUCCUCUUACUAUAAUCUGUCACCAAAGGCUGGAUAUUCCUGUGCUGGGGCUUGUGCCAGCGCCUUGGGCUGCCAGGUGCUGCUUUCCACCUCCCACAUGGGCUGCCCUCCCCCCACUGCUCCUCACAGGGCCCCCACUCCACCUGCUCCCAGACGAGGCCGACUCCUGGCCAAGCUCAGGGGCACAGCGGAGGCGCUCUGUUUCUGAUUUUUCUCGCCUUCCUUGGAGAUGCCUGUGCUUGGAAGGGAAGGCAGAACAUUGCAUCUUGGAACAAAUCUGCUUUUGAUCAUGCAAAUGAAUGCCUGGUUAAUGUAGGCAGACUGUCAAUUUCACCAGUUAGAAAGAAAGAGAAAAGGGGGGGAAAUUCCUCAUGACAGCGCCUGAUGAAGAAUUUCAAUAGAAAGCUGCUACUUCAGAAAAUAAGAUCAUUUGCCGCGAAUGGAGAACAUCUCAGGCAGCCCUGAUGCUCCACCGUCCUCGCAGAGAGAAGCCUACUCAGAGUGGUUACUGAAAACAGGAACCUGCCCUUCUGCAAGCCCUGUGCCUUCCUCGUUCCUAGCAGAGGAAGUAUGCGGCCAGUUUAGCAACUGCAGUUCUUCUGGGUAGCAUGGGCUGCUUCUCCACACUCGCGAGAGGCCCGGCUGCCUGUUUAUUCCGGAGCAGCAGCAGUUGACAGACGGAGAGGCAGUGACUCUGCGCCCAGCAAUCUCUCUGCAGACAGCUCCCACAGAAGUCAUGCACAGUGUGUGAAGGCUCUGGGCAUCACCAGCGGCCCCAGGGAAAAAGAAAGAAAUGGGAAACAGCAUGAAAUCCGCCCCUGCACCUGCUGAGAGGCCCCUGCCCAACCCAGAGGGACUUGAUAGUGACUUCCUUGCCGUGCUGAGUGACUACCCAUCUCCUGACAUCAGUCCCCCGAUAUUCCGCCGAGGGGAGAAACUGCGUGUGAUUUCCGAUGAAGGGGGCUGGUGGAAAGCUAUUUCUCUUAGCACUGGUCGAGAGAGUUACAUCCCUGGAAUAUGUGUGGCCAGAGUUUACCAUGGCUGGCUGUUUGAGGGUCUGGGCAGAGACAAGGCCGAGGAGCUGCUGCAGCUGCCAGACACAAAGGUCGGCUCCUUCAUGAUCAGGGAGAGUGAGACCAAGAAAGGGUUUUACUCACUGUCGGUGAGACACAGGCAGGUAAAGCAUUACCGCAUUUUCCGCCUGCCCAACAACUGGUACUACAUUUCCCCGAGGCUCACCUUCCAGUGCCUGGAGGACCUGGUGAACCACUAUUCUGAGGUGGCUGAUGGCCUGUGCUGUGUGCUCACCACACCCUGCCUGACACAAAGUACGGCUGCCCCAGCAGUGAGGGCCUCCAACUCACCUGUCACCUUGCGUCAGAAGACUGUGGACUGGAGGAGAAUGUCCAGACUGCAUGAGAACCCUGAGGGAACAGAGAACCCAAUUGGGGUAGACGAAUCCCUUUUCAGCUAUGGCCUUCGAGAGAGCAUAGCCUCUUACCUGUCCCUGACCAGUGAGGACAACACCUCCUUUGAUCGAAAGAAGAAAAGUGUCUCCCUGAUGUACAGUGGCAGCAAGAGAAAGAGCUCAUUCUUCUCAUCACCACCUUACUUUGAGGACUAGCCAAGAACAGACACAAUGGUUCAUGCCCAAAAGGAACAGAAGUUCCAACUAUUGCCUGGGAUCUUGCAAAAAGCAAGGUUCCCUGAUCCCCGGGAACCUCACAUAUUUUAAAAGCCAAGAGAAGCCACACGGAGACUCAAAUUCACAUCUUCUCUAUCCACAUCGUGACCAAAGGAACCCCCCUCCCCGGUGUCUGAUCAGGGCUGUGGCAUCACGAAACAUUGGAUCAUGACAUGUCAGGCGAUGCUUGGAAAAGCCCAGCAUGUAUGUAUGCACACAUUGUGUGUGUGGGAAGGACAAAGCCACUCGCACAAGAAAGUGCACCAGGACUGUUCUCCAAGGAACUGCACCUGUCCAGAUAGUACUCUGAGGUCAUUGGAGAGAACUUCUGCAUGGGCAAGCCUGAGAGGGAGAGGAAACAAAAGCUGUGGCCUGGUAGAAGGUCUGGGUUUGCAGAUGGGUGCCCUGAAUGGAACUACUUUAACCAAUCCAUAGGGACCUCUGGUAUGAUUUCCUCUCUUUUUAAAGGAACUUCGUGACACUAAACAUUAGCCCAAAGGACUUCUUAGCCUUCAAAUGGGAGAUACCUUUGGCCUGCUCCCGCACCAAAGCCAUGUGGGUGGAAGUCAGAUGGCCCCCCUGAUUCUGCAGAGGGCCAGAAGAAUGAGAGGAAGGCUGCUGGCAGGGAAAUCAAGGGGACGAGCCUAGAACUGCACCAGCUUCCCUGAUGUCUGCAGUCAUGGCUUUGCAGCGCAGACAGAGCUUCUCUGAGAUGCUGGGAUUCUUGUCUGUAUGAAUGCAUCAACUAUUCAUUUAUUGCCUGAAUAGGCAUUGCAUUAAGUCCUGUGUAAGGUGUCAGGCAAGCCAAAAAAAAAAAAAAAGAUGCAUAAGUCCCAACCCCCAACAGAGGUGUUCACAGUGUAGACAGGGAAAAAAAAUGUAUAAACAAAUGUGUAAAAAGAGAAAUCAGCUCAUGGCUUAGGAUGGAAUUGGAGACAGGUGAGAGACACUCAGGAGCUCAUUUUCCAGCUGCUCUUCAGAGUGGAAGGGCUGGCUGGAUCGGGUAGGUAAGAAUAGCUGGAUUUUUUUUUUUUAAGAAAUGGAUGCAGUCUAAAGAAUUAACUCACCCAGUACUUUAUUCUAAGAAGGGUCUGGCAUCCAUAUGAGGAAAAAUGCUGAACUCCAGGAAAGAUGGGGAGUUCAAGUGGAUUAAUGAUGUCACGCAUAAUUUUAAGAGACAAGGGAGAAAACACAAUGUAUAGCCAGAGAAGGAGAAGCUGCCAUGCAAAUCCUGCUAGGAAAAGAGUGGGCUGCAGAUGAAUCUAUGACUCAUGUUUCCCGGUUUCAAAGGGAUUCUGGGGAAGGAGGGGAACAUGCUUGCAGUACCUCUCCCUGUCUGUCUGCUCACAUAAGCAUUCCGUCCAUCUGAGCUCAUCGUGCUAGUGGUAUGUAUAUGUGCAGUUACACGACUUUCUGUAUCAUAGAUUCCAGUGUGUUUAUACAAGGAGACAUCCGUGGUUUCCCCAACAAUUCCAAAAGGCUAUUUCAAAGGAACCAGCCAACGUAUGAGAAAUGAAUGUAACACUGUGGAUAUUGACUUCCCGCAUAAGGCAGGUGACCCCCUGAACUCCAGAUGUCUGCACAGCAUCUUAUGUUCUUAUGUACUGUUUUCUGUUGUGAAGAAUGUGAUUGGAAUGUUUGGGGAGCACCCAGAGGGAUUUCUAAAUGGGAAGCAUUACACUUUGCUAAAUCAUGUAUUUAUUCCUGAUUAAAACAAACCUAAUAAAUAUUUAACCUUUAGCA